CGAGUCCACCGUCUGUCCAGCGGCGUAUGUGCCGGCAGGAGACAGUCCACCAUGCGCAUGAUGUCCGGUGCGGCGCCGAGUGGAGAUGGCAUUCCCGCACUACGAGCCCUCUAUUCAGCCGCCGUGGAUGACAGGCUUUUUUCCCGGUGCCAGCGGGGUACGACCGGUGCGACAACGUUUACGUCCUCUAGUCCUCGAGCGCGCAUAGCCGACAGCUGCACUGGGUCGGUACGCUGGUUCCCGCUCGCACCAUACGUGAAUACGCCGGGGAGCCCCCCUACGUGCUGCAAUCGUGCGACGCACAAAUUGAAGCUACAUCACGCGGGCACAUCGUGUCUGCACAUCAUUUCUGUGACAGUGCAAAGACGCUUCGCAUCUCCUUGGGUAGGUUUACGGGAAUACAUGUGAUAAGAGCGUGUCCAGCGGGUGUGGUAAUGCUUUCCUAAGCAAGAAGAAUAUACAG